AAAAACAGUCGAUAUUAAAUUAUCCAGUUAGAAAACUUUAUUUACAUAACUUUACCAUGCACAAUAGUUAAUAUUGUAGUUUUAUUGUCACUGAGAUUUUAUUCCACGGAGGGUACAACUUAAUAAGCGGACUCUGACUGGAAUGGUGAGCUAUUUCUCUCUGUAUUGAUAUUUUGGGAAUUGGUGAUGAGAUGACUCAGGGCUACAUGGAUUAUGAUCACUACCCUAAAUUAACCAAGCAUCAAAAAUAUCGAAUCUAUGAAACAGUCAUCAAUGUACAGUUCCAGGUUGUUUAAGAUCAAGACAGCUAAGAUGUUUGAUCAGACCGUGAAGAUAGGCCUGCCUUUGCUUUGUAUAGUUGGACUGGUGCUGUUCAUCAUUUUAAAGCUUUCACCAACCAGUAUUUAUAGUGUGGAUAGCAUCAAGAAGAUUAUCAAGAUUAACCAUGCGAAACCAGGACCUAGAGAUAGAGAUCAGAUAAAAAGACAUCAAUAUGUUGAUGCUGUAUGUAAGAAUAAUACCCUGGGAAGUACUGGUAAUAUCCUUGUUUCUUCAGCCAAGAAAAUGUCUUAUUGUAUUGUACCUACAGCAGAGUCGGAAUUCUGGAUCCGAACAUUUCGGUACCUCAACGAUGAAUCCAAGGAGGAAAUAGACACAAGAGAUUUGACGAAACUAAACAGUUUGCUUUCUCAGAACCUGCUACGACAGAAUUUAAAAUUAUACCACAUGGAGAAAGAGUCAGAUGAAAUUGUCGUUGAUGCAACAAACAAGAUUUUGUUUACAAGAAACCCCUACACAAGACUAUGGAUUGCUUACAUAGAACAUAUGUUUUUACCAGACUUAUGGAACGAGGUUGGGCGUAAAAUUGUGUCAUUUCGAAAAUCUCCCAAACAGGAAAGUCUUCUGUGUGGAAAUGACGUAACAUUUGAAGAAUUUUUGGAUCACGUGCUACGCGAGGCGAAAAGCCCAGCAAAUAUGAAGAAAAUUUGGAGGCCGGUUCAAUACCUGUGCAAUCCCUGCAAGUAUAAACCAGAUUUUAUAGGAAAAGUUGAAUAUUUUGAUGUUGAUGCAAAGCAUAUACUUCAAAAGUUCGAUUUAUCUAUAUUACUAAAAUCAUAUGAAAGCGAGAACUAUGAAAUUGGUGAAAUGAAGAACAUAAUCCGUCAUUAUUUUCACUUGUAUAACCAGGGUACCAUUAGCAACUGUAUUUCUAGAGCGGGAUUGGCUCUGAGAUUGUGGACCAGCUUUCAAGUGCGAGGUUAUCUCCCUUUACAAUCAGAAUCGGCUCUACAGCAUAUAACAGAGAGAACUUUUGACGUCAAUAUUUUCAGAGAAAUCGUGGUCAAUAUUUAUGAUCGUUACAGAAGUUCUAGAUACCUGUGGAAGAACCAACAUAACAAAUUAACUACCCACGCUUUCCAGGAAAUACCCUUCCGAAUUUUUAAAGGUCUAACAACUGUCUAUGAGUUUGACUUUAAAGCUUUCGGAUAUGAAAUGUUCCCAAAACAAUUUUUAAAAAUACCCGGAGUUCCACGGAUCUAAAUAAAAGGCAGAUAAUUACGUAUUUCCCUUGGUUUUAAUUACUUUAGAAUUUUUUUGUAAAACUGAAGACUUUAAUUUGUAGCAAUGGAGUUUUCACCACAAACAAAGGAUGGCCCAUAUCGUUUCAAGAAUAAGAUAAAUCCAAGCUACUGAACUACUUGAAAACUAAAAUAAUGUGUACGAAUGUGUUAUGACUUUUUAAAACGCCUAUAUCUCUGUGAUGGAUUAGUAUGCAAUCCAGGUAGAACAACUCGAUAAUUACAACAUUCCAUUGACUCAAUGCCAAAUCAAUGCCGCUGUUAGAGAAUACUGAACGAUGCACAGCAAUCCACACAGGGACAACUGCUAGUGUUACUGUUAUGUUUUUUAAGGAUUUGUUUUAUACAACCCGAAGAUGCAUGAAGAUUUUUAUUAAAUUAAGCAACUAAUUUUAAUAUACAUAGCUGGUUGAAAUGAAUUUUAAUUUAAGCUGACAUUAAAUGCAACUAAUAAAUACUAAAUUCAAAAUAAAUAUAAUGCACAGUCCGUGGGCGGUCGAAUAUCGUAAGGUUUUUUCGUUCAUUAAUCAGGGCUUGUAUUUCCAUCUGAAAUAAUAGAAAAGAUGAUAUUUAUUAGAUAACGACAAAAAAAGACUAAAACUAUUGCAUGUUUUAGAUAAAGUACUUAGAUAUAGGUUUUAGUUUCAUCAAUGAAUACUGUAGUCGACAUAUUGUGAUCUCACAUUCAUUUCUAUUGAAUAAAAUAUACGAAAAGAAA